AUGAACCUGAAGAUCCUCUUCUUUUGUCUCUUUCUUGCAGUUAUUCUCAUCCCGGCCGAAAUGAAGCGCCACAAACACAAAAAACAUCGUCAUAGUGAUCGUCAUGACCAUGAUCCUCAUGAAAUCAGUUCGCCUAAACAUGGGAAACAUGCGAAAAAGAGAGAACGAUUUGAUGACAUAAUGAAUGACCCGUUCCUUGGAAUUUUGGGAGAUUCUCUUGAUGAUGAUGAUGAUGAUGAUGAUGACCCAAGUGAAUGGCUUUUUGACCUUCAAGAACCAGCAGGCCAUUGUAACCCAAACCCUUGCCAAAAUAAUGGUGUUUGUAAGGAGAAAAGACAGAAAAAAUUCAAAUGUGACUGUCCAAAACCUUUCAAGGGAAGACGAUGUGAGAAAGGACCAAAGUUUUGCAAGAAAGGUUUAUGUGGCCGUGGUGAAUGUGUGCUGACUUCCACUGCACCUUUUUACGAGUGCAAAUGCAAGCAUCCCUUCCAGCCUCCAAAUUGUAGAACAUAUUCUGUCUGUGAACCUAAUCCAUGUAAGAAUGGUGGACAGUGCGUCAAGGAUGGUAACGACUUCGAUUGUGUGUGUCCGCCAGGCUUCAAUGGUCGUUUUUGUCAUGUUGGGCCAAAUGACUGCUAUGAAGAUGACGGAGAGUCAUAUCGUGGCACCGUGAGUGAAACAAUUGAUGGUGAUGAGUGCCUCUACUGGAACUCUCAUUUCAUCUUGGAGAAAGGAACGGAUCCUUUCAACUCUUUUGAGGACAGCGACGGCCUUGGCCCUCACAACUUUUGCAGAAACCCAGAUGGUGACUUGACACCGUGGUGUUUCUUCAGAAGAGGCCGAAAGCUGCUGUGGAACUAUUGUGAUGUAAAUGACUGUUCUGAAGGUACUAUACAUGGAAUUGCCCCCUCAGCAAUUCCAGCACCUCCAGCUUCUCCAGCACCUCUGGAACCAGCUCUUCCAGCACCUCCGGAACCAGCUCUUCCAGCACCUCCGGAACCAGCUCUUCCAAUACCUCCUAAGCCAGCUCCUCCAAAGCCAGCAACACCUGCCCCAACUCAAAAGCCAGUCGAGCCUCCGCAACCUAGUGACGCCUCACCCACUCCCACAUCUUUUCUAAAAACAUUCAGUACUUGUGGGAAACCUCAGCCAAAGAAAGUCAUAACCCGAAUCUUUGGGGGAUUGAAGGUACCCCCUGGGGCAUUACCUUGGCAGGUGUCCCUUCAAGUGAGACCCAAAAGAUCCACCCGGUUGUUCAAGCACAUAUGUGGAGGCGUUCUAAUCGAAAGCUGCUGGGUACUCACAGCUGGACACUGCGUUGAACGGGGAUAUGACAUGCAGGUGAUUAUGGGAGGGCUCUCUCUGGACACUGAUGAGCCCACUGAACAGAUCUUUAAUGUUGAAGAAGCCAUUGUGCAUGAGAACUACAGAGAGACUCCAGUAUCGGUUCACAAUGACAUCGCAUUGCUGCGAUUGGAAGGUGACGAUGGUGUUUGUGCCAAUGAGACCCAGUUUGUGAAGGCAGCUUGUCUGCCUGAGGGCCCACUAUCUGAUGGGGAGGAAUGUACCAUUUCUGGCUGGGGUGCCACUGAGGAAUCUGAAUAUGGUUCCAACCAUUUGCUGGAGGCCAAUGUUCUGUUGAUCAACCAGGAGAAGUGCUCUGAAGACAAAAUUUAUGGCUCAACGUUGGAUAACGGCAUGUUCUGCGCUGGGCAUCUGCAAGGAGGUGUCGAUUCCUGCCAGGGAGACUCUGGAGGACCGCUGACCUGUGAGCAUGGCAACACCCAUGUUGUUUAUGGUUUGGUGAGCUGGGGAGACCAAUGUGGAAAGAAGAAUAAACCCGGGGUGUACUCACGGGUUACUCACUUCCUGGACUGGAUCAAAUCAAAGACUCAAGGAUCAUCAUAAUAAAGAAAAUCUACUAUUGGAUCUAGAAGAGUAGCCAAUCAUUAUGGAUUGGGCUUUGG